AUGGAAUACCAACAAUCUUGCGUGACGACGGCCGCCUAUCAUCAUCCCAUAUACGCACACCACAACCAAGGGUUCACGCAUACACAUCCUCUGUGGUCGGGUGUGACACAGUAUCACUACGGCUAUGAGCGGCACGCACUUGCUCCGUCAGAAGGAGGAACACUCGCCCAGGCACCUUCGCCCAUGACUCCCGACCACACAACACCGGCCGGCCCAGUAGUUCUCAACGAUGACAACGAGUAUGCGACGGUGCGACCAGAACAGCCCCUGAUGUAUCGAAACGAUGUCGAGAUCUACUUUGGGCAACCUACCUCUCCGACCGUGGAGUUCAAUGUUGAUGAACUUCUGGUGUAUCAAAGACGACGCAGUAGUGCCACAUCUGAGGUGAAGGAGGUUUUGACGCCAGCACAGCGAAGACGAAGAGCACAGAACCGAGCCGCACAACGAGCGUUUCGUGACCGCAAGCGUCAGCGAGUACAAGAACUAGAAGCUCAGCUAUCAGCUCUGGAAGUACGUAGCAACUCCCUGGCAUCAGACAAUGAGAGAUUGCAGCAUGAGCUGCUCCGGACACGAGAAGAGAACGAAGCUUUACGAGGCAUCGCACAACCUCAACCGUCGCACAAGACGAUGCAGCCUUCUCGACGCAGGACGACGACCAAUACAGACGAUAUGGCGUAUGACCGACGCAUCAUCGAUUUUGACGACCUCCAUCCAUAG